AUGCGUCAAAGGGUUAUCCUCUUGUUUGUACCAGCCUUGUGCUUCUUGCUGAUCGCCACGAGCCUGUAUCUUGGCCGCGAGAACCUCACUCGGCUAUCGAAUUUUUAUUUGCCAAUACAGCAUUCGACAGACUCGGCUGAAGCUCAAUCUUCAGAGACGACUUCACAGGCUCCAACAACACAAUCGCGACACCUCUUUCUUCCGAACCCCCACAACCGAGCCAUCCUCUCGGCCAAGCGCAUAAGACCGUACAUCAACGCCAUUCUCGACCCCGCAUCCAACGAGCUCCCGCGCCUCGAAUGUCCCGCCUUGGACACUGAGCGAUACGCCAGCCUUGUUAAGAAACGAGACGCGCGAGAUGACAAGCCUCACAUUGACUACUUCUUCACCCUUAAUUUGCGCAAUGUUGUAGACCUGCUCCCCCGCCUGUUGGGCAGUGUUGUGGAGGCUAUGCGCUUCCUCGGUCCAGAGCGCUGCGCCUUGUCCAUCGUCGAGGGUAACUCUCCAGACGGCACAGCCGAUGUCCUUGUCGCACUGCGACCAUUCCUCGAGGAAAUCGGUGUCACCUACUUCUACAACAAUUCGGCCAUCAAUCCCUCCGACGGCGCGCGCAUCCGAAAGCUGGCGCAGCUGCGCAAUCUCGCCCUCCAACCUCUCUUCAAGAAAAAGGUCCCAGUGUCGGAUGAGACGACGGUUCUCUUCAUCAACGAUGUCGCCGCUUGCACCGAAGACCUUCUCGAGCUUGCGUUUCAGCGCAAGAACCUCAACGCCGACAUGACGUGCGCCAUGGAUUGGACCUACGCAUCCGACGAUCCCACCUUUUACGACGUAUGGGUCGCGCGUGGAUUAGACGGCGACCUCUUUUUCAACAUCACCUCAGAGGGCAGCUGGGAUUUUGCGCAGAACCUCUUUUUCAGCGACCCCAAGACCAAGAGCCGCUACGAGGCCGCUCUCCCCUUCCAAGUGUUUGCCUGCUGGAACGGCGCGACCAUUUUCUCAGCUGCGCCAUUGCUCAACGGCCUGCGAUUCCGCGAUUCGCGAAAAGACGAGUGUUUCCAGGGCGAACCGCAGCUCUUCUGCAAGGACCUGUGGUUCAAGGGCUACCGCAAGAUCGCUGCUAUCCCGAGCGUCAACCUCGAGUACACGGACAAGAAUGCCAGGAGGCUCAAGGAGCUCAAGGGCUAUACGAGCCAGGUGGUGGCAGAGGAGGAUGAAGCGAAUGUUGGGAUCGAGUGGCAAUACGAGCCACCCCAAAAGGUCAAGUGCAUGCCUGAAUUCCACAGGCAAAGCUGGCUGCCGUGGGAUGAGCACUUGCGUUAAUGAAUCGUUGAUUGUAUUGAUUAUGUACAGUAUACCCAAAUAGAUGAUUUCAGGCGUCGGUUCUGGCGUAUGGG